CAUUAACUUCUCACUCCUUAAUAUACUAUGCGUCUGAUCUAUCAUGUCUUUAAUAUCUCACUGUAAAAAAUCACUGUAUGUUUGCCAGGGUCCAGCAGAAGAGACCAGACUCACCUGGACCCAGCUGUGUGUCCAUGAAGAGUGACCGGUCUAUGGAGCAGCCACUCAAAUUCAGAAAAGGAGAUUGUACCACUGAUCCAGGGGUCCAGCAAAAGAGACCAGACUCACCUGAACCCAGGUGUGUGUCCAUGAAGAGUGACCGGUCUAUGGAGCUACCACUCAAAUUCAGAAAAGGAGAUUGUACCACUGAUCCAGGUGGAUGGUCUACUCUGCCAGAGGAUCAGUCCAGGUGUGCAGUGUGUCACCAGGUGCUGAGGAAUCCAGUCUCUAUCACCUGUGGACACAGGUUCUGCAGACAGUGCAUCACCAGAUACUGGGAGAAACCUGCUCCUUCAGGAGACUAUGACUGUCCUCAGUGUAGAAAGAGCUCCAGAACACGUCCUGUACUACAGCACCUGAGUGAACCUGAUGAUGCAAGAGGCUCUGAAAUCAUGGAUGACAGCCUGCAGAGAGCCAUAGUAAACCACAAAGACAGUCUGAAAAGGAGGUAUGAAUGUGUGAUAGAAGGUAUGGAAAAAGCAGGGAAUCAAACUCCCCUCAACAGGAUUUACACAGAGCUCUACAUCACAGAAGGAGAGAGUGAAGGGGUUAACAAUGAACAUGAGGUGUGGCAGCUAGAGACAGCAUCCAGGACACCAACCUCACAUGACACAGCAAUCCACUGCAAUGACAUCUUUAAACCCUUACCUGUCCAAGAGAGAAGCAUCAGAACCGUGCUGACGAAGGGCAUCGCUGGCAUUGGAAAAACUGUCUCUGUGCAGAAGUUCAUCCUAGACUGGGCUGAAGGGAAGGCAAACCAAGAUGUGGAUAUCAUAUUUAUGCUUCCUUUCCGGGAGCUGAACUUGAUUAAAGAUCGGCUGUACAGUCUUCUCAGACUUUUAAAUGACUUCCACACAGAACUAGACAUAGGCAAUGCAAAGAAACUCACUGCCUGUAAAGCUAUGUUCAUCUUGGAUGGUUUGGAUGAAAGCAGAUUUCCAUUGGAUUUCCAGCAUAUUGAAAUGGUGUCUGAUGUCACAMAGGCAUCGUCUGUUGAUGUUCUGCUAAGAAAUCUCAUCAAGGGAAAUCUGCUUCCCUCUGCUCUCCUUUGGAUAACUACUACUACUACUACUACUAAUACUUWUACUACUACUACUWAUAUUUUUACUACUACUACUAAUACUUUUACUGCUACUACUACUACUACUACUAUUACUAGGUGGAUUCCUCUUGGUUUUUAAACUGAGAAAAAAAAAAAUCCCUGUAUGUU